CUCUCUUAAUUAAUAGUCUAUAUGCGCGAGGUGCUAGUUCAAAUUAGAAAAAAAAUAUGAUAAAAAUGCCCAUUUGUAAACGCACACAAUAAGAUGAAAUUUGUGAACAUGUAUCUCAUCGCGAUACUUGCAAUCCAGUUGCACAUUGUUAAGUCUAUAGUGAACAUACCUUUACACAUAAACAACAGUUUGGAUAAUGCCUUGUGCCUAUCAACAUACUUUGACGUUAACAACUGUACUAACAAAAAAGAAACCCACAAUCACAAAGACUGGAGAAUGAUGAAACCGAUUUUAAGUGCGCCACAUUUCUGCAGAGAUGAAACUUUUAUAAUUCUGCAACUGAACCCAAACUAUACUAAUUUAACAUAUUUGGUGGAGGUGAAGGCCGAAUCGCAGUUGUACAAAUAUAAAGGCAUGUUCGCAACAAGUUUUUUAAAUGUCACAAAUCUCAAAAGGAAUACGAAAUACAAAUUUAGAAUUUGGGCGGUUUCUGCGGAUGUCAUCUUGUAUGAACCCAUCGAAUCGAUUUGGAUUGAAACUCUGCCGGAAAACUAUAUACCGAUGAAAGCGGAAAGCAUCGAUUUAAAUACUUUCCUCUCAGAGAACAAUUCAUUGAUGAUGAAUAUUGCAUGGACGACUAAAGAUUACGUUUGCUACUGCGAAGUCACUUGGUUAGAGGAGAAAAACUCAUCUUAUUACAGCAACAAGAAAAUUGAGAAUAUUACGCGGUUAUUUGAAACGGAUAUAGAUAUCUCUUUCGACAAGAAUUACCAUGUGGGUGUUGUGGCUAAAUCUCAGGAUUGGAACAAAGACAGUGGUGUAGUUUGGAAUAAAACGCACACUCCAACUUGUUUAGAGCUGUAUCAGGAUUUGCGAUACUGCGUUCCCAAGAUGCCAACCGGAUUGCGAUCGAGAAGAAAAGCGACCAGUAAAAGCAAUGAAUUAAUUUAUGAUAUUUUCGUUGAAUGGGAUCGACCAGAGUUCACACCGCAAUACUACAUCGUAGAUCUGCUGAUAUCGGACAAGGAUCAAGCUGAAAGACUAAAUGUGUCAGGGAAUUCCAUUAACGCUGUUUUUGAGAAAGUUUCACUACAAGAUCAAUACAGACUUACCUUAUCUGCUUGGUCUGGUAUUGGGGAGAGUAGCAAAGCUAGUCUAUACGAAAAAGUUCUGCAGAAACCGACGAAAAUGACGAAGAUGAACAUGCUAUUUAUCGUACUUCCGUUGACAACUGUUCUCGUAUUCUUAAUUAUCUGCGCUACAAUUUACAUCUAUUACGAUUUGAAGAGACGCACGAAGAAAGCCCUACCGGUGACUCAGAGCCAGUCUGUGACGCAGUACGAAUCAUUGUGUCCACCUCUCAUCGUGAACAAAUCGCAAUUCCAGGACGAAUGGGAGAUUGAUCAAAGGAAUAUUAUACUGUUGAACGUGUUAGGAGAGGGCGCUUUUGGGGUAGUUUAUAAAGCAUGGUUGACGAACGGCUCGGAUAAGAUUACCGUCGCCGUGAAAAUGUUGAAAGAGUUUCCAAUCCAAGAGGAUUUGCAACAGUUCAAAGAGGAGAUAGAACUUAUUAAGUCGGUGGGUAAACAUCCGAAUAUUGUAUCAAUGUUGGGAUGUUCCAUCAGGAAUUGCAAUAAUGGGCCGAUGUUAAUCGUCGAGUUUUGCGAGAAAGGAGAUUUGUUGAAUUAUUUACGUGCAAUAUGGAAAUCCAUUAAAUCUGAAGAUUAUAGCAAACUAAAUGGUACUUGCGAUUCAACGGCGGCAAAUCAGUUUUCGAAUAAACUGUAUUUAAUGGACGUUACAAAACAUCAAUACAAAAUCAAGGACCUCCUGUCGAUGGCACUUCAAAUAUCGAAAGGAAUGGAAUACUUGUCGAAUUUGCGAAUUGUGCACAGAGAUCUAGCAGCGCGCAACGUUCUGGUAUGUGAUAAUGGUUCAGUGAAGAUAUCGGAUUUCGGUUUGAGCAGAGACAUAUAUAGUGAUAACGUGUACUGCAAGACAAGUAUUAGCAAAUUACCAGUAAAAUGGAUGGCUUUGGAAUCUCUGACGCACCAAAGGUAUACGACAAAGAGUGACGUGUGGUCGUAUGGUAUAUUGUUGUGGGAAAUUGUUACGUUGGGCGAGAAUCCCUAUCCAGGAAUUUCCAUUCAAGAAUUACUAACGUUUCUCCGCGAAGGCCAUCGCAUGGCGUGUCCUAUUUACUGCACAGGUGAUAUAUAUUCCUUGAUGACAAAUUGCUGGCACGCAAAUCCAAAUAAUCGACCGACGUUCGGUGAAAUUCACAAAUAUUUGGACAAAAUCCUAGAGACUUCAAAUGACUACUUAAAUUUAGAUGUAUCCAUUUACAAUGAGAAGGAUCCAAUUUCGAUAGAAGAUUACCAAAGUAAACCCAUUAAUGUUAAUAGAUAUGUUCUUCCUUGAAAUAUCUUAAAAUGUACCUGCGUUUUGUUCAUUUAUAUAUAUUUUUGUUAUUAUUUGUAAAUACGUUUUUUCUU